GCGGCAAAGAACCAGGCCACCAUCAAUCCCACUCAGACGCUCUUCGAUGUGAAGCGCCUCAUCGGUCGUCGGUUCAAGGAUUCCACUGUGCAGAAGGACAUUAAGCUCCUGCCAUACAAGAUUGUGGACAAGAGCAGCAAGCCGAUGAUCGCUGUCAAGGUCAAGGGCGAGGAGAAGGUCAUGGCUCCAGAGGAGGUGUCCUCCAUGGUGCUGACCAAGAUGAAGGAGACAGCGGAGAACUACUUGGGCAAAGAGGUCAAGCACGCCGUGGUCACCGUGCCUGCUUACUUCAACGAUGCGCAGCGCCAGUCCACAAAGGAUGCGGGCACCAUUGCUGGCCUGAAUGUGCUGCGUAUCAUUAACGAGCCCACGGCGGCUGCCAUUGCGUAUGGCCUGGACAAGAAGACGGAGAAAAACAUUCUUGUCUAUGACCUCGGCGGUGGUACCUUUGAUGUCUCCCUCCUGACCAUUGACAAUGGCGUUUUCGAGGUGGUGGCCACCAACGGCGACACUCACUUGGGCGGAGAGGACUUCGAUCAGCGUGUGAUGCAGCACUUCAUGAAGAUCUUCGAGAAGAAGCACGGCAAGGACAUGUCCAAGGACAAGCGAUCCAUCCAGAAGCUGCGCCGAGAAGUGGAGAAGACCAAGCGAGCGCUUAGCUCCACCCACCAGGCGCGCCUGGAGAUUGAGGCCCUCUACGAUGGAGUGGAUUUCUCUGAGACGCUGACGCGUGCACGAUUCGAGGACACCCCUGAUAUCCCCAGCAAGCGUAAUGCCAUGCUUGGCUUGUUUCUGCUUCUAGCUGAUUCUAGCUCCAGGCGUGGCUUGCUGCCAUGCACAUGUAUGCACAUGUCACAGGAGCUGAAUGCUGACCUGUUCAAGAACACCCUCGGCCCGGUCAAGCAGGUGCUGGACGACUCCGGCCUCAAGAAGAACCAGGUUGAUGAGAUUGUUCUGGUGGGUGGUUCUACCCGAAUCCCCAAGGUGCAGCAGCUGAUCAAGGACGUCGGCACAGCCCUGAUGCCAGUCGAUGUGCAUUGCCUUGACUUCUUCAACGGGAAGGAGCCCAACCGCGGCAUCAACCCAGAUGAGGCUGUGGCCUACGGUGCCGCGGUGCAGGCUGGCAUCCUCAGCGGUGAGG